ACGAAAGACCUGCUGGAAAUUCAGAGCUGUCAGAUGUUUUACUUGGGAGGACUCACACAGGGUACAGCUGAAAACUUGGAAGAUAAAGAAGCAAUAUUUCGGUUAUGUACAGCAACGCUGGGGUGUAAUUUACAAAGGGCUUGUUUGGUGGCUUUUGGAUGAGGCUAUGUAUCAGGGCCAGCGCGUUACGCUGCUGCUUUUGCUAAAAGAGGAGAGCUUGCAAAUCUGCUACCAGGCACAAACUGUCGUGUCUUUUGCCUUUUGUGUGAAGAUGUUUGUGCUUCUACCUGUGCCUUGUCAGACCAGAUGCAUAUCAGGAUUCCAGUUUUACUGAUAACGGGAAGUCGAGUCAUGCUUGAAUGCUGUGUGUAUUAAAUGGGAGAUGCAGUUUGCCGACAGUUGGGUGAUAUAAUCUCUUCUGAUGGAGUCUGUGUGUUUAAAUGCUUGGUUAACAGAGACACUGAAUACUGUCGUUUGGGAAAAGAGUCUGUGUUAAUUACGCUGGGAUACAACAGUGCCUUGCUCCAGUUCAAGUCACAAGCUGAAUACAGCACAUUUUCAAAUGCAUUGAAGAGAUGCUGUAACCAAAAGAAGGAAGACUCUGUGUUCAGUCAGCGAACAGAUGAAGCAUCUGCUGCUCAGUAUUUUCAGUUUUAUGGGUGUCUAUCUCAACAACAGAAUAUGAUGCAGGAUUUUGUGAGGACAGCCACAUAUCACAGCGCUAUCCUACAGAACCAUAUAGAUUUUAAAGACAAGGUGGUCCUAGAUGUUGGCUGUGGAUCAGGAAUCCUUUCAUUCUUUGCAGUGCAGGCUGGAGCUAGAAAAGUCUAUGCAGUUGAAGCCAGUUCAGUGGCAAAAUAUGCAGAGCUGUUGGUGAGAAGUAACAACCUUUCUGACAAGAUCACAGUUCUGUCAGGAAAAAUUGAGGAGAUCUCCCUACCUGAGAGUGUUGAUGUGGUAAUUUCUGAACCGAUGGGUUAUAUGCUGUUCAAUGAAAGGAUGUUGGAAAGUUACCUCCAUUCGAAAAAAUGGCUGAAGUCAAAUGGAAUGAUGUUUCCAACAUUUAGUGACAUUCAUUUGGCUCCUUUUUCCGAUGAGCAGCUGUACAUGGAACACUACUCCAGAGCCAAUUUUUGGUACCAAGAGUGCUUUUAUGGGGUCAAUCUAUCCAGUCUUCGCAACGCAGCUGUGGAUGAGUACUUCAGACAACCUAUUGUGGACACUUUUGACAUGAGAAUUCUGAUGGCUCGGACAGUGAAGUACACAGUUAACUUUACAGAGGCUGCAGAGGAAGAUUUGCACAGAGUGGAAAUCCCUUUUGUUUUCCAAAUGAUGCAGUCGGGACUAAUCCAUGGCCUGGCCUUCUGGUUUGAUGUGGCAUUUGUAGGAUCACUGGUAACUGUUUGGUUGUCAACUGCACCCACAGAACCUCUCACUCACUGGUAUCAAGUACGCUGCCUUCUUCAGACUCCUCUCUUUGCUAAAGAGGGGGAAACUCUCUCAGGAAAAGUCUUGUUUGUUGCCAAUAAACGACAAAGUUACGAUAUUCAGAUUGUCGCUGUGGUGGACCAGACAGGAUUUAAAUCUGGUAACAUUCUUGAUUUAAAGAAUCCAUUCUUCAGGUAUGCCUAGACUAUAUUGUAAUACGGCAUCUGAAAAGCAGAAAUGAGAUUCUCACCAAGCUGAAUAACCAAUGAGACUGAAAUCAAUUCAGGUCCUAGUAGGCCUACUGGUCCUUGUGUAAAAUCAAUUUGUAACUGUACAUAUCUGUAAUAAAAGAUUUUAUGCAAGUAGCAGAUAAGGGGAUAUUGUGGUUCCAUCCAUUUUAUUUUAUUUUUAACUGAAAUUAAACCUAGACUCCACUUACAGACCUAAAUUGCAGCAGACUUAACUUCAUUCCAGAAAGCUCAUUUGGUAUGGAUCAAGAAGAAUUUAUUUCUUUUUUUUUUUUUCUGUUUUACAAUAAACUGACAUUGGUUCAGAUUUUGAGGGUUUUUUUUGAGAUUACUGUUAUUAAUAUUCUAGAUUAGCAAACAAACUCUACCUCAUGUUUAUAUGUAUGAUACAUUAAAAGAACUUUGAGUAAUAUGCAUCAUUCAUGCUUUCAACUUUCAGCACACACUUCUUGAUAUUUCAAUAUACUUCGUGUUAAUCUUCUAGCUCACCAGGGUAGUGUGUUAAAUAAUUUCAUUUUCUCUCCAUGAACAAAUUAAGUUGGUUCACUUUGAGACAUGAAUCUAAAGUCAUCUUGCCUAUACCUUUUGAAUGUUCUAAGAUUGCUCUAUAAAAGUUUAACAGGACGCAUUUGUAAAUUACUUCCAGCAUAGCAUGAAAUAAAAAUGUAAUGACAGGAUAUAAGUGAGACUUUCACUUUUUCUGUAGCUCAAAAAACUACUGCUACUCCAAAAUACAUACUCUUGGCUUGUGUAGCAAGGGAGGGAGGGAGGCUAUAGGGUCACAGUGUGGAUUCUAAUGAGGUCUCUCUCCAGACAAUCUUACCCCUCAAGAGCACAAAGUGAUUUUAUAGACUGUGCUUCUAUUACGCAAUGUUAGACCUUUGAAAGGCUGAAUUGAUAAGCUGGAGGAGUCAAAACAAAAAGGUAAAGGUAAGGUUUUACAACCAGAAACAUAAUAGCAAUUACACCUCUAGCAAGAUAUUAUCAGGCUUUAGCCUUCCAUUCAUUGUAGGAAGGCUGGUGGACUGAAAAGGCCCACCAAAACUGAGCCUUCCCUCAUGAAGUAGCAUGCAGGAUUUGAGCAAAAGACCUUGUUAGCUUUGGGCCCCUCCUGGGAGCAGUUAAGACACAACUGUAGUUUCAGAGGUUUUCUCUAAAUCUACAGCUAUUUAAAGAUGGUUUAUAGAAUUAUGGAAAGUAGUCCUGAAAAUUGUGAAACCUGUCAAUCCAAUCUAUCGUGAACUUCUUCAUGGCUGAGACCAUGAUACCAUUGAAAUUAGUGUGGCUGUACUCAUCAGAAAGAUGGCCUUGCCUGUCUUAACAGGAUAUUUCCAGUAACAUUUAAUGUAGCAGGUCUGAGACUGCUGGCAUAAAAAUGUUGUUUGUAUGAUUAAAAAAACCUGUUUUGUUACACAAACUGGCCCAUAUAAAUAGUAUUUAAUAUUGUUUGCUGCCUAGAAAUGAUAACAGAAAUUGUCAUUCUAACCUGUGAAAGCAGUGUAAUGACAUUUCCCAGGGAGUGUCUGAUGACUGGAUAUAUGUACUUGUUACAUUUAUUCUGUACAGCUGGAUGGGAGGCCACAAACUUGGGAACAAACAAAUCCACAUACCAGACAACUGUUAGUCAGUCUACCACAAUUUGGCAGGUUUUUCCUUAGUAAGUAUGAAAGGAUUAUAUGAGAUUUAAAGUUAAAUUUAGCUUAUAGAUUUGUAAUGUUUCCUACUGACCUGCGUGUCUCUGUGGAUCCUGGAUGUGAGUCUCAAACCUCUUUUAAAAUUCAUCUAUAUAUUGAAGACUUCUGUUGUUUAUGGGCAAAAACCUUACAUUGUGAAUUUCAUGUAGUUAUCUGAGUUGCUUUGCUCUGCACAAUCUUGUGAAGGAAGAAAGUAACUUUUUAAAAGAGGAGGAAAAAACAAUAGCCCUGGCAGUAGAUAAGGGUGUCAGGUUGAGUCUACUUACUUAAUUCUGUAUUUGUAGAAAAGAUUGCUUCAUGACACACUAGCUAGUGUAGAAAAAAUAAUAAUUCACUGUGGUUGCUAUUUUGAAGUGAUUUAGACUGUUCCACACAAUUGGUAUUUGUAUUUCUCUCUACUUCAGGAGUUCAUUUUAUUCCCAGAUAUGCUAAAACUGAAGAGAAGACUGACACUGGAUGCUGCACCAUUUACUGUUAGAAAUGCAGUCCUGUGACUGUUUUCUCAUAAUUUGAUGUUACUGAACAAUUGCAUUUGAUUAUUUUAUUUUCCCUUCAACCUAGGCAGAGACACAUAUUUUAAAGUUUGGAAAGCAUUCAUAAAUGCAUAGUGAUUCAUGAUAAAUUGUGUUUUCAAUAGUGAUAGCUCUCAUUGUGUGUGUCUAUCUAUAUGAGUUCUCCCAUCUGCACUGAUGAUGAAUUCUAUCCAAAGGAAUAGUGAAGGAAUUCAAUCUGAUUAAUAUUAUUAUAGUGGUUGCUAAGGGAAAUAAUGAUUUGCUGCACAUUAUGUGCACUAAGCCCACAGAAAUCUUUGUGUAUAGCCUUGAUGCAUCUGGAACUGACUGCAGUGAAACACACAAUGGAAUUGGUGUUAAUUUCCUUAGCUAAGUUGCUAAGAGUUGUGCUUUAUUCUCGAACAUGCAUUCAGAGGUUGGAGGAAAAAAAAAAGUAUUUUAUUCUUCCUUAAGCCAUCGUUUGUGGUGUAUAUGCUUUUUCCUCUUCUUGAUUAGAUAAUGUAUUUUUACCACUCUGCCCUGAUGGAAGUCCACAGUUAAAACUGAGGAAGGAUAAACUGUGAAGAGAGGGAGCUGAAGAAGAGAAGAGUAGAACGGAGGUCAACAACUCUGCAAGAGUCUUUGGCUAGAACAAUUAAUUUGUUUAAUUUAAUUUGUUGCUCAAGGGCCUAAAUGUUUGGCUAAAUAGCUGACAUAAGCUAUUUAGCUGAAGUUCCCCAGGUCUGACCCACAAUGACUUUAGUGACGUUCAGGUGCACAGAAAUGGUUACAGAAAAAAAGAAACUAAAGGGCCUACUUUACUACCCUAUCUUGGGAAAGCGCUGUUCACUUUGAAUUCUUUGAAAAUUCUAUCUAAACUGUGGUAAAACUGGAUCUUUCUUCCUGCUCUCAACAGGCACAUACCAGUUAUGAUAUACAAGCAAAGGAACUCCCUUGUUCUGCGGGGAUUUUUAGUGUUUCGGUGUUUUGUUUUUUUUUUUUUUUUGAGACUGUACUGUGUUGAGUACUGUGCUGUUUCCUAAAUUCAAGCUUGUUCUAUAAGCUACAGUUCUAUCAUCUUUUAUUACUGCUUAUAUCAGUGUUACUGUAUUAACAUACAUGAGAGGAUCUGUGUCACGUUAGCUCUGGCAGUUAAGCAUAGUAACCAUCCAUAAAGGUAAAAACAAGUUA